AUGGCUUUUCAGUACUAUCAAGCAGCCCCGGGAUGGGGACAACAGCAGUAUCAAUUCGGAACGCCUCCGCCGCUAGGUUAUCAACCGGACUACAACUGGAACGGUCUUGACUACUAUCGGGCGCACGUCUCGUCGAGGGGUGGUCCCUAUGACCCCGCUUUCUACCAGAACGUUGUCAGCCGUGCUGGUCAGGGCGGCGCGGUCGGUUCGGGCUAUCAUGAGGCCAAGCACUGGCAUCGGAGGGCGUAUGGUGGCAUCGCCGAACUCUCCCGUCUUCUACCUGAAGAAGUCGGUGCUGCAGCGGCGUAUGAAGCAUGGCGUCAAUUCCGACACACGCUUUCUCACUAUGAUUAUCUCAACCCCUACGAUCGCCGUCAGGAGGCCAUGCAUGGACUUGCAGUGGCAGAGGCUGUUCGUCUCUGGCAGGAUACAGGCCGCGGCUAUGAUCAGUACGCCAGUCAGCUCGCCGCGGAAGCCGCAGCUGCUACUGUCGGCCAUAUCCUCAGGCGCAAGAUGGAUGGCGGUAACGUUCUUCGUCAUGGCGAAACCCCGGCAGACGCGUACUACCGCGGCCGUCGCAACUCGGUUUCAGGGUUUGGCGGUAUCGGAGACUCCUUCAUGCGCCGUCGGAGCCGUUCACCUAUGCCAGGAGGCGUACCCUCGUAUGCUGGCAGCAGCGUCUCUGGUUACGCGAGCAGCGGUGGAUACGGAGGGGGUGGCUCAGUCUACGGCGGCGGCGGUUCCGUCGUCGGCACCCCGAUGACUGCUGCCGUACCAAUCAGCUCUUCGCCGUAUGGGUACGCUUCCAGCACACCAAUGGUUAGUGGUAGCCCUAUCUCCGGCAUGCCGAUGGCUAUGCAGACGGGUUACUCGCAGCCGGGGGCCAUGGGAUAUCCGGCGAGUGCGACGGCGCAAUAUGCCCAAGCGUAUAGCGGCGGCGCUCAGGGCGUCUAUGACGCUGGGGCCCAGAUGGGAUACCCGUCCAGCUACACUGGUUCUGGUUACCAGCAGCCUGUCAUCAUCGCGGGCUCCAGUGGAUCUGGGCAUCGGCACCAUCGUCACCGCCGCCACAGCCAUGUUGGAACCAGUCGGCACCAUAGCAGGAGCAGGGACUACUACUAA